AGCUCGUUCUAAGUUGUUGUUGUUGGGGGAGGUCGUGAACUUCAGAGUGGUAGAAGAAGACUGGGAAGGAAUCUCACACUCUGGGACAAGUCCGGGACUGUCUGGUGGAAAAUUGUCGCCAUGAUGGAUCUGGCCGGAGCAACGGACCUCAGCAUGAACGGAGCUUCUCCGCGGCCAAAUCACGUCCAGCACGGCGGGCACCCCUACCGCCCUCUCGAUGAGAUGGGGCAUGAGCAGAAAACUCGCUUGCCCAACUGGACGGAGGAAGAAAAAAAUGUGCUCAUCGUCGAGGUUCGAAGACGAGCCGCCGUGCUUACAACUCCUCGUGCCAAAGGAAUGUCGCACUUGAAGGAAAAAGCUUGGGAAGAGAUCACGCAGGCGGUCAACGCCGUCCAGGCACCCGGGAGUCAGCUGAGAAACGCUCAGACCUGUCGCAAGAAAUGGGAGAACCUCAAGCUGUAUGCGAAAAAAGCUCAAAAAGAAGGAAGGAAUGACGUCACACUCUCGACAGUCUCUCAGCUCAUCGGCAGCGACAUGGAUCUCAAAGUGUUACAAGCCACCCUGCAAGCCGUGCAGGGCACGUCGCCGUCACCGUCCCCAGGACCGAUGGAAGGAGGUCCUGAGCCAUUGGGUGCCAUUUUCUCCGUCCUGCAGCAACAAGGAAUGAACGGGGCGCUGGCUCGGAUGUUGGGUAUUUCAGGCGCUCCAGCUGUGUCGGAGGCAUCCUUGUCCGAUUGCUCGAAUUCCGUGGAGGACGCUGAAGAGCUCCGAAUCAAGUCUGAAGUAGUCGAGGACAAUCGAAGACACGGAGCCGCCGAUACGCAACGUCAACAGGAGAAUCUGCACGGAUUCCAUGAUGGGAUCACCCAGCGGUCAUCUCCGCUGCCGCUGCCUCCGGGUGUGAGUUUGGAGCCUGUUCGUAAAAUGGCUUCGGCUUCUAACUCGACUCUGGGCCGAAUGCCCCAACCGAACAACCAUGGAAUGAAUCCGCAGACUCUCAAUGGCUUCCACUAUCCCCAUCAGCAAAGACCUCAACAGAGAACUUCACAAAGUCCUGGAGCCAGUAUCUACUCCAAUGGUAUCUCUCGCACUGCGGGCGUUCGCCAUUCGACCACGCCAGUCAGUCGGGUCAAUGGCGUGAAACGGCGCCGAGAGGAUGAUUCUGAAAACGACGAUUAUUAUUUGGAGAAAAGGACCUUUUACAAGGAAAUGACGAAACUUUGUGGAACGGUGCAAAACUUGCUGUUGUCAAUGAAAGAGACUCAGCAGCUCAAGCAGCAGGUGCUUUUGGAGAAACUUCGCAUCAUCAGGCUCAAGUCAUCUAACCAAGGAGACAUGAAGGGUCCCGGCAUUCGUCAGGACUUGGAUGACGACGAGAACGAGGAAGAAGAAGAUGAUAAUCUCGAUAACAAACGAAACGGACUCGAUGACCACGACGUGUCCGAUCAGGACGCGAAAGACGCUGAGGAACGUGAAACUCCCGACCUCGAUGAUGAGGAGUGACAUAUCAUUGAUUACCUUGUCGAACAAGCGAUUGAUAUCGGUGUUCCGAAGAUAAGCAUAGGCCCGAUAGAGUGACAGGUGGAAAUAUUUAGACGAUGAAGGAUAAGGUUAUCUGGAUGAUGAUACUUGUGAGACUUGUGUGAUACACUCCUUUGUCCUCCAGUUGUGAACGGACGCUCCAGAUCGAACAUGGGAGUACAUGUGACGAGCUUGAUUCAUAUUUAGCACAAUAGAAACAGUGCAACUCAUUAUUCAUAUACUCAAGCAGCAGGUGAAGUCUAUUCUUGCAAUUUAGGUAGACGGAGCUUUUCUUUCGUGGACGUAUAAUUUAAUAAGGUGGUCUCUUAUCAGAGGAAGACGGGCUGUCUGAACAGCGCUCAAGUAGUCGUUUUGUAUUACAAUGUGCCAUUUUGGUUGAUGAUCAUUUCGAUCACGAUGGAGACGAUACUGGAUAUUUAUUUCAAAACAAGUAUUAGACCCGAACAUUUAGCAUUUUUAGAACUAGCGAAUUAGCAUGAAUGUCCGAAUAAAACAUAUCGCAUAUGU